AUGGUUAAGCGCCUCUUUGCAGAUUUCAUACUUGGCUUACAGGAACGGGAUGUAAGCAGGGCAAUCUUCAACAACAAUGAUAUGACUGACAAAAAGGCUUUUGAGGUUAUUGAGAUUGAACUCAAGCUUAUAUUCGAUUUGCUUUACACCAAGGCAAAGGCAGUCUACACUUUUUGGGGCAUUGCUCGACGAAUCAUUGGAAUCCUUCUCACCUUGAUUGUAUUGGUGAUUAUUUUGUUGCAUGAGAUGGUGAUAUCAAAGAAAAAAUACCACAGCUACGCCAAGAUUGAUUUUACCAUAACUUUGGUUUUGUUGGCAGUCGCUGUUCUUGUGGAUUUAUGGGCAAUUGUGGAACUAGCUUUUGCCGACCAAACCACUCUUUGGUUAAUUAAGAACAAGAAAACCACCCUCCUAAGAGCCAUCAAUAGUAUUUUACAACUUGGUUGGCUCAAAAAAAAAUCUAAAACAUACAGGUGGUCAAAUUCCAUUGGUCAAAUCAAUCUGCUGAGAUUUGCCUUACAAAAGCCCCUGCCCUGCCUUCCAAUCCUGAAGCUAUUAUGCGUUGAUGAAAUACUAGAGAUAUUCCAAAAUGAGACUCGUGAAGGAAUCUGGGAAACCAAUUUAAAAGGUCUAGUUUUCGUUGAGUGUAGAGAUUGGAUAAAACUUAGAGGCAAUGAAACAAAUCCUGAAGAAUUUCAUGGCUUAAGGGGAGGUCGCACGCUUAAAAAGUUUGGUCGUAAUGAUAUUGAUUGGAGUGUGAAGUUGGAGAUGGACCAAAGCAUCCUUGUCUGGCACCUUGUUACUGAUAUUUGUUGUCAUGAAGACAAAUACGCAAGGGCAUGGCCGGGGUAUCAUAGAGAUUGCACGUCCCUGUCAAGAUAUAUGCUUUAUCUUCUAGUCAAGCAUCCUUACAUGUUACCAAUUGGGUCAGCACACAUCAAGUUUCGGGACAUUUAUCUGGGACUUAGGGAACUCAUGGAAGAACAGCUUUCCAAACCAGUUAAGCAAGAGGAAGCUUUGGAUAUGUCAAAAAAUAUGACAGCCAAGGACUUACUUACUGUCAACGAUGGGGACAAAAGUAUUUUGGUGAUAUUCUAUGCGUGUAAGCUUAAGUCUGCAUUAAAUACAAAUGCAAAUGACACAUGGGAAAUAAUUAGGAAAGUUUGGCUGGAAAUGAUGUGCCAUGUUGCUAGCUAUUGUGACAGAAAAUACCAUGCUCAGCAGCUGAGACGAGGAGGGGAAUUUGUCACACAUGUUUGGCUUCUUAUGGCACAUUUUGGCUUAACGGAUCAAUUCCAGACACGACGUAAUCCUACAAUAGGUGAGGUGGUUCUAUGGUAG